AAAAAUAACCGUGCUAACUUUUCUGAUAAGGAAAAAUACAAUGGUACUUUCCAGGGUGUAUACUUUGUUUACAACGAGCAAAAAAACUUUAAGUUUAACCUCACCCUGGCAGUCUUCCUUAUUCUCAAUUCUAAAGAUCUCUGAUUGUCUACUGAAAUGGGAGGGGCAUAAUGUAAUUCAAACUUCCACAGACCCUGAGAUGGACUUCUGCAUCAGCUUACAAAAGGUGUCUACUUAUGAGAGAUCAGGAAUGCAGUGUUUUAGGGUU